AUUCUGGACGCAGCUGGGCCUGGUUUAAAGGUGAUCUCAACGAUGUCUGUUGGUUUGGAUCAUCUGGACGUGAAGGAGAUACAAGCCAGGAAUAUCAAGAUCGGGUAUACUCCCAAUGUACUGACUGAUGCUACGGCUGAUCUAACCAUUGCUUUGCUUCUGGCAACAUCCAGGAGAAUUAUGGAGGGGAACACGGCACUUAAGACUGGAGAAUGGUCAAGUUGGAGUCCAUUGUGGAUGUGUGGGCCUGCUUUAAGAGGUUCAACUGUUGGAAUUGUUGGGUUGGGUCGGAUCGGAGAAGCUGUCAUGUCCAGACUGAAGCCAUUUGGAGUUGAGCGAUUUGUGUACAGUGGGAGAGCUAGAAAAUCCGUUGAAAUAGAAAAUGGCGCCGAAUUCAUCAGUUUCGAGGAUUUACUGGUCCAGGCGGAUUUCGUGAUUAUCAGCACAGCGUACACCGAGGAGAUGGCAGGGAUGUUUAACAAGAAGGUUUUCAAUACCAUGAAGAAGACAGCAAUUCUGAUCAACAUCAGCAGAGGCGGUAUAAUAAACCAAGAGGAUCUCGUGGAAGCUCUGGAAAGCAAGCAAAUAUUUGCAGCAGGGUUAGAUGUCAUGGUCCCUGAGCCUUUGCCUGCCGAUCAUCCGUUAACUAGGUUAGAUAACUGUGUACUACUCCCCCACUUAGGGUCUGCAGAGUUACAGACUCGGAAUACGAUGGGGCUGCUGACUGCUAAAAAUAUUGAAGCUGCUCUCAACAGCAGCCCAAUGCCAGCGGAGUACUAGGCUACAAUUUCCACAACACUCAUUUUUUAGCAUUUAAUUUUUGGUCUUCCGAAAACUUAAGAAUCCCCUGAACGAUUUAUUUAUUUAAUGAAUUAUUGCGAUUUUUU